AUGACCAACCUCCCUCAUCCAGACGAGAUCACGGAUUGCGUAUUAAAGACCUUCAACACCCUACCAGCGAAGUUCAAACCUCGACGGCUGGCCGAUGGACGUAGAGAAUGGGUUCCUCUGGCGGGGAUCGUGCUCAGUAGAGACCACGACCCAUCCUCACUCACAUGCGUCUCACUGGCGACCGGAAUGAAAUGCCUACCUCGAGAGAAAGUCCCUCUGGCGAAGGGCAGUAUCUUGCACGAUUGGCAUGCUGAAGUGCUGUGUUUGAGGGGCUUCAAUCGCUGGCUGGUAGAUGAGUGUGCUGAGCUCGCUGCGAGGGGCAAGUCAGGAGGUGAUAGCGAGUGGCUUGCAUGGAAUCACGACACAGGAGAAGGUCGUCCGCCCUUCUCCCUCCACGAAAAUGUGAGGCUAUAUAUGUACUGCACCCAAGCCCCCUGCGGCGACGCCAGCAUGGAACUCACCAUCUCCGCGCAACAAGACUCCACACCCUGGUCCUCCGCUCCCGCACCCUCCUCCUCCUCCGACACCAGCAUGCUCGGCCGAGGCCACUUCGACCAGCUGGGGAUCGUGCGCAGGAAACCCUCCCGCCCGGACGCCCCGGUGUGCUGGAGUAAAUCCUGCUCGGAUAAGCUUACUUUGAAGCAAUGUCUCGGCUUGCUGUGCGGAUUGACGGGGUUGCUUGUGCAGCCUUGUUGGCUUGAGGUGUUGGUUUUGCCUGAGGGGGAGGUUGUCCCUGAGGCGGUGGGGAGGUGUUUUGGGGGGGAGGGGAGGAUGAAGAAUCUUGAUGGAUGGGGAGGAGGGGAGGGAGGGUUCAAGUUCCGACCUUUUGUUGUGGAGACUACGAGGAGGGAGUUUGAGUUUGAGAAGGAGGAGGCUGCGGUUCCGAGUAACCUCUCUGCGUUGUGGAUGCCUAGGAGGAAGGAGGUUUUGAUUAAUGGGGUUUUGCAGGGGAGGAAGCAGAUGGAUCCCAAGGGAGCGAGUUGUGUGAGUCGGAGGAGGUUGUGGGAGGGGGUGUUGGAGGUUGCAGGCGGGCUGGACUUGGAGUCUUUGAAGGGGGAGUUGGAGCGGGAGAGGUAUGGGGAUGUCAAGGAUAGUUGGAUUCUGGAGGAGAGGAGACGUGCGAAGAGAUUUGUGAAGGAGAGGGCGUUGAGAGGGUGGAAGAGGAAUGAUGGCGAUGAGGAUUGGGGGCUAGAGACGGGACCAUAA